UUAAGAAUUCAGAAAAGCGGGUAGCUACAAUAAUUGCAGAUCAAUAUGUCAUCGAACCUUAUGAAACAACAAGUUAACAAUGAGCAACAUUAAAAAUAGUUUCAGUUAUUUAAAGUUAAGGAGAAAAAAUAAAUCUACUUAUUGGAGAAUCGCCAUGGGCAUGGGAGGAGCGAUGGACAGUUGCGGGAGAUGCAUGAAGUUCUCAUUAAUAUGCAUCAAUAUUUUCACCUUCAUCGGUGGCGCAGUUGCGCUAGCUGUAGGCUUGUGGGUAUGGACUUCCCGGUCGUUCUCCAGCACGCUGAUGAGCAACAACAUGUUCAUAGCGUCAGUUGUUGUGGUGGUUGCCAUGGGAGCGGCUCUCAUGCUGCUCUCGCUGCUGGGCUGCUGCGGAGCCGCUAAGGAGGUCAAAUGUAUGCUGCUUACGUACUACAUCCUAGUCUUCAUAAUCUUCGUGGUCAUGCUGGUUGGCGGGAUCCUCCAGUUCGUCUUCCGAGAGAAGGUGAUGUCGACCCUAGACCGGGAGCUGUAUGCCGCCAUCCCUUACUAUGGGGUCCGCCACGAGUACACCAAGUCCUGGGAUGAUACGCAGACGUAUCUACAGUGCUGCGGAGUCAAGGGCUAUAAGGAUUGGAACGAUAAUGUGCCUGAGAGCUGCUGUAGAGAAGUCUAUCCUGGGAAGAGAAUGGAUUGCAAGGCGUCUCCGAACCCCACAACUAUGUACGUGGAGGGCUGUCUCACUAAGGUGACAGACUUCUUGCGGGAAGACGCCGUUUACGUCGGCAGCGCCGCACUCAUCAUUGCUUUGAUAAUGUUGCUGGCUCUAAUAUUAUCAUGCGGGUUGUUCGUGAAAAUCGAAUGAUGACAACAAAAUGGUGACAUCGGGAGUUGACUUGUAAAGUAAAUCGAGUAAUAAUUGUACGAUUAUGAAUGUGUACUGUGAUUUGUUUGUGUCGUGUGCCUUCAGACUUUUCUAUUUAUUUAUAAAAAAAUAUAAUAUUUUUUG